AUGUGCACAUCUGCUUUGUGUCUCGUGUGUGUUAGCUUGCUGUUCGGGACCUCUCUAAGCUGCUAUCAGUGCUUCGUUGAUGUGCAAGACAGUCUUCGCCUGUGUUGGGGUCACGUUUUGAAGGAGCACAAUGUUAGAAAUGUUGACGCCUGCUUCAGAAUGCUGGACCGCAUAUUCAACAACCAUGCGAGAGUAAUUGAGGCUGGCAGAGUGGGUAAAGGCUACGACAAACAACUGAAAGAACUUCUGGAUGCAGAGAUCCAGCCCAUGGUGCAGGAGUUCGACGAAAAGCUGAAUAACGACACAGUGUAUGAGGAAAGGUUGCAGACAGCAGCAGACAAUUUCAUCGCAGCUGCCUCCAAACUGCCUAGAGUGUCUGGAUGCUUCGGUCCAUGUGGUUUUCAGAGUGCAGGUGAAGCAUUCAACUGUAUUACCUGCCAGUAUGACUCCUGCGAAUUCCCUCUCGACUGUCCAGUUAAAGAAAUUAAAGCAAUGGAGAACAGCAGGAGCCGAAUGUGGUGCCGAGUGCCGUUUGACUUACCAGAGGAUAUUGAGGUGAUCUGGAGGUUUGCAGAAGAGGUGAAAACUCAGCAGGUGGAUCAGUUUAAAGAAGUGACUGCAGGGGUGGACAGGCUCUAUUCCAUCCCUUCAACCAGCUCGCUGCAUCAGGGCACAUACCAGUGUGAGAUCUACUCAGGCCAACGCUCCAUUGUCAGGCUAUACUACUAUCUCACAGUGACCCCCCAGGUUGUGGCAGGCCACACAGAGCUGCAGGAGAUAUUCGACCUGUCUCUGCUCCCAGGAGAGCGGUUACUCCCUGCGCCUGGUGGUCCUCCCGACUCCCUCCUCCUCCUCCCCUCGCCACUGCUUCUCGCCGCCUGUUUAACUGCUUUGCUUCUGCUGCUGUUCCUCUCCCUGGGGGCUCUGUACUGGUCAUCAAACCCAGAGCAAACAUGCCAUGCUGAACAAGCAGAUGGAGAUGGAGAUUCAGUAUCCUGAGAGUUGGAUAGAUACAUAAAGUCUAGGAGACACCUGGAUGGACAGUGCUGGGUGAUGGACUGAUAUAGCCUUUGUUCCUCUGGCCUGUGUGAGAGGAUACAGCAGGCCAACA